AUGUUGGCCAGCAUCCAAGAUGCGACGCCUGUCGUCUGCGGCGCCGCGUUCACGCGCCAGCACGCGACGGUCGACGAGAACGACGAAGCGAUCGACUUUAGCACAACGCCGCUCUCGCUUCGGCGCGCGCUCAUCUCGGUUGUCUCGUACCUCUUGUUGCUGACCGACGUGCCCCGAACGUCUUCCGAGAACGGCAGCAUCCACGGCACGUCCAUGGAGCCCAACGUCUACUUGGUGGACAUUCCAACGCCCAUUUCGGUUCUGCAGUUUACACAGUCGACGACGGCGUGGCACGCGACGAGCGGCAACACGUCGGUGCAGUCGCUGCCUGUCGCCGCCUACAAGACGUCGCCGUCGGCAGCCGCCGUUCGCGGCUACGUCUACAACCGCAAUCUGUGGCCACCGUGCUUGGACUACGCCACAAGCUGCGGCUCUGACGCGAUUGCAGUGCCCGAGGUCGUUGCCUUUUGGAACCGCAUCAUCGCGGCGGCGGCGGCGGCACCGGCGCCAAGGGCGUUCCAGGGCGUCAACACAACUCUAAAGUACGCGCUACGCGUCCAAGACGACCGACUCGACCGGAUUUACGACUACAUUGCCUUCCAGUUUGUCGACCUGACGGCGUACCGGUCGAUCUGGGUCUCGUACAUGAACGCGUCGGUCGCCUCGCUCUGCGCCGUGCACGCGAUCGGUCGCCCGCUCUUUUGCAGCAAGAGCUGGGCGUCGCAGGCGGGUGUCUCCGUCGUAGCCGACAUCACAGCCCGCGCGGGCGCGCUCCAGGCGCAGUACCCGCAAGCCACCAUCGACGUGUUCAUUGCAGAGUCCGAGGCCGACCCGGCGCGGCGCCACGGCGGCUUUGCGUACGUGGGUUUCUCGGCCUUUGACACGACGACCGUCCUCCGCGCAGUGCACGCCAAUGUGACGGUCGCGCUCGACGAGGUCCGCUACGCAGGCAGCCGCAUUUGGUCCAACAUUGGGAGCUGGACGUCGUACACACAAGGCUUCCGGUCCAUUGGUCAAGCGUACAUGGGUCUGCGCCUCCUCAUGCUCUUUCUGGGCUGCUACGUUGCAACGGACGGCGACAAGAGAGCCGCGAUGCGCGCGAUGCUCUCGGUGCCGAGCCAAGUGGUCGUCUACGGCAGCUGGUUCCCCGUGCUCUGCUACGCUGUCGCGCACCUCAUCGACGCGCCCGUCACGUACACCGCGACCGAGCAGCUCUUCUCGACCGCGUCCGAUUUCGUCGCAUUGCCUUUCUCGACCAUGAGCUAUAUCCUCGCCGUGCGCCUCCGGUGUGUCUGGGUGCUCGCGCUCCUUCUCAAGCUCUUCUCGUUCCUGAUCAACAUUGGCGUGUGGCACCCCAACGGCACCAUCGGUCUCCGCGGCCACCUCGUCGCACUGCUGUGCCUCCUCGCGCUUCUAUCAAUGUUUCAACUCGAUCUUCUGCGCGACGUGCCGGUGCGCGCCGUCUUUGUCGUCGAGCCCAGCACGAUCAUCGCACUGUACAUGUCCGAGGUGUUCACCGACAUGAACAACCGCCUCUCGGGCUUCUACCACGACACGCUCUCGGUGGCCGCCGCGUUUCUGCUGCUCGUAGCACCUCUCGCGCUCGGCGUCCAGUGGUGGCGACACCACCACAACGCGGUGCAUUGGCGGCGGCACCCGCUCUUCUUUGGCAAAACCAAGGCGCCGUUCGCAGCCGCCAAGCUCUGGUCCAGCACGGCCAUGACCAUGAGCUGGGGCGACGGCGUUUUGGACGUCGACCCGGUCUCUGCGCUGGCGACCGUGCCGCUGCCGCGCUCCGAGGGCGCGCAUCUCGACGACCUUUUCCGCGCCGACCACGACACGUCGACCAAGCACAUCCUCAUGAACAUUGUGCACAUGAGCGACCCGAUCACGUUCCUUUGGCUCUCGAGCGGCAGCCUCGUCGUGUACGAGUACGGCAUUGUGACGCCGACGCGCGAGAAGAAGCGCAUCUUGCAUCCGUUCACGAAGGACGACAUUGUCUACCACUGCUAUGACAUUGCGCGGGACGAACUCACGCUGCAGGACACGCUGCUCACCAAAGACAUUUCGUGGCGGCGCCUCGUGCGCUGCUACUAA